AUGCAAAUCACCUCGACCUUCUCACGCGUCGCCGUCGCGGCGGCGGCUGCCCUGCUGUCGGCCAGCGCCGUCUCGGCGCAGUCGACGCCGGCCGCCGUGCCCGCCGUACCCGAGGGCCAGGAACCCAGCUCCAUCAUCCCCUCGGGCCCCGUCCCACCCAAGCAAGUCCACUGCACGUCGCCCAUCUACUGCCCCGGCCCGCUCCUCCAGGCCGUCCAGCUCGCCGGCAUCUUCAAGGACAGCAAGACCUUUGUCGACAAGCCCACCACCAAGCCCGAGGCCGACGUCGUCGCCGCGUUCCAGAAGCUCGGCGACGGUCAGGGCGGAAAUGUCACCUACCAGGAGAUUAUCGACUUUGUCAACGGCAACUUUGCCGCCGAGGGCUCUGAGCUCGUCCCUGCCGACCUGAGCGAUGAGUUCGUCGAGGAGCCCAAGUUCCUCUCCAACAUCACGGAUCCACUCGUCCGCGACUUUACCAAGCAGGUGCACUCGUACUGGAAACUCUUGGCCCGCACCACCAACGAGACAAGUCCUUCCGGUACGCAGUGCGAUGGCUGCGUCGGCAGCUUCAUCCCCUUCAAGGAGAGAAGGCCAGUAGUAGCUCCUGGAGGUCGCUUUCGCGAGCUCUAUUACUGGGACACUUUUUUCACGGCGGAGGCCCUGAUCAAGUCGCAGCUGAAGAGCGUUGUGAAGUCGCUCAUCGAGAAUCUUGGUGACCUGCUCGAGCAGUUCGGCUUUGUUCCGAACGGCAACCGCGUCUACUACGAGAAUCGCUCGCAGCCGCCUUUCCUCACGCUCAUGGUCGACCGCUAUGUGGAGGCCUACAACGACACCUCGAUCCUGGUGCGCUUCCUUCCUCUGCUCGAGCGCGAGAUGGAAUUCUGGCGCGUCAACAGGACGAUCGAGUUCACGAGCCCCUACACGCAAAAGAAGCACAACAUCACCCGCUACGUCGUCGACACCAACGGGCCUCGUCCGGAGAGCUACAAGGAAGACUACAUCACCGUCGAGAAUGCGACGGCAUCUGGGCUCACCCUCAACGACACUCAGAAGGGCAUCUUGUACAGCAACCUGGCGUCUGGCGCCGAGAGCGGCAUGGACUACUCGGCCAGCCGCUGGUCGACUCGACCGCUGAUCGAUCCCGAGGACACGAUCCCGGCACAGCGCUUCCUCAACACCCAGGAGAUCCUGCCCGUCGACCUCAACUCGAUCCUCUACCGUGCCGAGCAGAAGCUGGCCGCGUUCUACCGCAUGCCGAUCAACGGCUCGCGCGCGAUGACGAACCAGACCCGGGCCAAGUACUGGAUUGACCAGUCGCAGAAGCGUAAGGAGGCCAUUCUCGACGUCUUCUACAACGAGAAGCUCCACUUCUUCUACGACUUCAACAUGACGAGCGGCGACCGCUCCCCGCUCUGGCACGCCGCCGGCUACUUCCCGCUGUGGGCCGAGAUUCUCCCGAACGAGUUCACCAACCAGUCAAUCCCUGUCCGACAGCGCCGCGAGUCGAUGCAGAGCACUUUCGCCGGCCUGCGAUACCUCCUCGAUCGCUACAACGGCACCAUGCCGGCGUCGCUGCUCAAGACGGGACAGCAGUGGGAUGAGCCCAACUCCUGGCCACCGCUGGUCUACAUUGCGCUGCAAUCGCUGCGCAGCGUUCCGGCGAUGCUCGCCAGGGGAACUGCGUUGCCCGCGCCCAACGGCACGUUCGAUCUGAUUCCUUCCGAGUCGUUCGGAGGAUCCAACAGCGUCAACCAACUCGGCCAGACUGAAGAGACGCUUCCGCCGCAGCCCGUCGAGUACUCGAACAGCACCGUCGACGUGACCGAUGCCGGAGCUACUCAGGCCGACAACCCGACACUCCACGUUGACCCUCUCAUGAACGCCGGAAACGAGACGACGACCGAGUCCUGGCGAGACGAGCUCGUCCGCGAGCUCGCUAACCGCUACGUCGCUUCCGCUCUCUGCUCGUGGCGCGCGACGGGCGGAAAGCUCAACACGACCGACCCGAGCCUCGCUCCCGUCCCCGAGGACAUUCUCAAGGCCAACGGGUUUGAGAACGGUACCGGAGCCAUGUUUGAGAAGUUCUCCGCCGAGAGCGUCGACCAGGCCGGCGGCGGCGGCGAGUACGAUGUCCAGCUAGGCUUCGGAUGGUCCAACGGAGUCCUGAUUUACAUUGGCGGCGAGUUGGGCCAGCUGCUCAAUCGUCCUGAAUGCCCACCGGUCGUUGCCAAGGACACGACCACCGCGUCGAGUUCUUAG